AAUGAUUGUCCGAGUUCAGAGUGGAACAAGAUGGCGUCCUGUAACAACGUGUCCCGUUGGAAACAGACCAAUUUUUUUUUUGACGGAGUUUGUGUGAUUGUGUGAAAAUGUGUAAAGUCCAAAUGCUGAGAGCGUUGGUGAAGCAGCGACUAACUGCGGCUGCUGAAGAGAUAUUUGGGCUGUUUGAAAGAACGAUAGCAGAGUACGAGGAGGAACUUUGUCGUUCAAAAGAGGAGAACGAGCGACAACGGAAACUACUGGACGCUGUUUUCAACCCUCAACUUCGGUUACACAGAGCAGAUGUCCAGCAGCUGUCGGUGAUUAAAGAAGAGGUUCCCCCUGAGCAGCAGCAGGAGUGGAGACCCAGUCUGGACCAGGAGGACCCAGAGCCCCCACACAUUAAAGAGGAACAGGAGGAAGUCAGGACCAGUCAGGAGGGAGAUCAGCUUCAAGGGUUCACAUUCACUCCUGUCCCUGUGAAGAGUGAAGAUGAUGAUGAUGAAGAGAAACCUCCGUCCUCACAGCUUCCUCAAAGACAAACUGAACAGAUGGAAACAGAUGAUGGAGAGGACUGUGGAGGACUAGAACCAGCCAGAAACUCAGAUCCAGAACACAUUAAAUUUUACACAGACGUCCAGCAGCUGUCGGUGAUUAAAGAAGAGGUUCCUCCUGAGCAGCAGCAGGAGUGGAGACCCAGUCUGGACCAGGAGGACCCAGAGCCCCCACAUAUUAAAGAGGAACAGGAGGAAGUCAGGACCAGUCAGGAGGAAGAGCAGGUUCAAGGGUUUACAUUCACUUCUGUCCCUGUGAAGAGUGAAGAUGAUGAUGAUGAAGAGAAACCUCCAUCCUCACAGCUUCCUCAAAGACAAACUGACCACAUGGAAACAGAUGAUGGAGAGGACUGUGGAGGACCAGAACCAGCGAGAAACUCAGAUCCAGAUGAACAUUCACAACCUGAUACGUAUGGUAAGACUGAAGACUCUUCUGAAUCUGAGACUGAUGAUAGUGACAAUGAUUUUAAAGAGACGAGGGAACCUCAGUCAGGUGAUGUUAUCAAUAUAAAGCCUUUGAGCUGUUCAGUUUGUAAAAAUAUGUUUUCAUGGAGACGAAGUUUACGUAGACACAUGAAAAAUCACACAGGUGAGAAACCAUUCAGCUGCUCAGUGUGUGAUAAAAGCUUCAGUCAUAAGAACCAUGUGCAGAGACAUAUGAGAAGUCACACUGGUGAGAAACCUUUCAGCUGCUCAGUUUGUGAUAAAAGCUUCAGUCAAAAGAGUACUCUGCAGGAUCACAUGAAAACUCAUACAGGUGAGAAACCAUUCAGCUGCUCAGUGUGCGACAAAAGCUUUGGACAAAAGAGUAAUCUGCAGACACACAUGAGAACUCACACAGGUGAGAAACCAUUUAGCUGCUCAGUGUGUGAUAAAAGCUUCAGUCAUAAGAAUCAUGUGCAGAGACAUGUGAGAAGUCAUACUGGUGAGAAACCUUUCAGCUGCUCAGUGUGCAGUAAAAGCUUCAAUAUAAAGAGUACUCUGAAAGAUCACAUGAGAACUCACACAGGUGAGAAACCGUUCAGCUGCUCAGUGUGUAGUAAAAGCUUCAGUGUAAAGACAACUCUGCAGUUACACAUGAGAACUCAUACAGGUGAGAAACCUUUUAGCUGCUCAGGGUGUCAUAAAAGCUUCAGUCGUAAGAGUCAUCUGAAGGAUCACAUGAAGACUCAUACAGGUAAGAAACCUUUCAGCUGCUCAGUAUGCCAACAAAACUUCCUUAAAAAGAGUACUCUAGAGCACCACAUGACAACUCACACAUCCAGCUCCGUCUGCAGUUAAAGCUUCUGUAUUAAAAGUACUAUGCAGAGACACAUGAGAACUCACACAAGAGAGCAGCAGGAAAUUAAGAAUCCUGUUCAGCUAUUACAGACUAGAAACUAGACAUCAGAGAUGCACCAUGACAUCAGAACAACGGUGUCUGGCGGCUAGGUCUGUAACUAUUCUGAAUCAGAGUGAGUGAUAACAAUGGAAAACAAAUUUCCCCUGCCUGGCUUAUGGGAUCACUGGCUAACAACUUAGCAAGAGUUUACCCAUUUCUCCAGGAACCACUACACCACUGAACAUAGUGGGCAUAAAUAGCUGUGCACAGUUUAACUGUGUUCAUGACUAAGCAUGGGACUGCUUAACUUUUGUAAAUGUAAUGUAUUGAUCUGGUUUUAUUGUUGUGAUUUUGUUAUGGUUUAUGUUAGGUUACUGUGUUACUCAUGUUCUACACUGCUAUGGUGAUCUUAGUUAAAUGUUAUGUUCCACACAGAAACAGUCUUUGUACAACUAACUCUUUUUAACUUGCCACUGUUCGUAUAAGAUCACCUCGGCCUUUAACACAACCACACACAGCAGAGAGGACCUUUAAAACUCUGCUUUGUCUCUGCUGAACAAGCUCAACAUACAGUGCAACACACACUCUGUUUUUUUUAUUUAGUUUAGUGCAUUGUAGUUUGAUCAUAUUGUGUUUAUACUUUAUAUUUUUAAUAAAUGCUAUCAAAUAUACAUGCUGGUUUAUUAAAUAUUCCACAAAUGUGAAGGAUACCAACCUCUAUGUUGAGCUACAAAUCCUUCAGCUGACUUAAUGUGAACAUGAUGAACUUAUAGUUUUUGAAUAAAUAAAUUAGUGCUUCAGAUUAAUUGUUUUGUAUAUUCUAUGAGACUGAGUAUCAUUCAGUUAAUAGUUUUCCUUUUAAGGGUGGUGUCCUGAGGACCUUCUGAUAUAAUACGUUAACGGAUAUUGAUUACUGUUAUUUUUUAUUUUCUUUGAUCAUUUUGAUAGCCAGAAUUAAUUGAUUGCUCCUCAAAAGUUUGAUGACCCUUUAAAUAGUUUUAAUUACCACAAUGUGCAGAAUUUCUUUUUUUGUUUUUGGUGAAUAUUUUUAAUUCUUUGUCUGUUUAAUCAGUAGAAUGAUCAUUGCUGUAUUUAUUGUACUUUAUUUUGUCUUUGUUUUAUCGAUCACCCUGUGUGGUGUUUGAAUGUGUUGAAUCUACAUUGUGACUAACAGGAAACAUUAUAAAACAUAAUCAUUAAUGUCAGUUUAUGGGUCCAUGUAUCUUAAAGUUUCAGGUUGCAAUCAAUAAACUUUAUUUUCAUAAAAGGACCUUUGUUUUGUUUCUACAUUGUUGCUUCAAACGGCAUUAAACAUUCUGCGUUUCUACAUAAAGUGUGAUCUAUCAUAGAUCUUUGUAUAUGUUUAUAACACUGAGAUCUUUCCUCACAGUAAGUCAACACAGACUGUAGUUGCUGGUUUCUGACACUAGAGGGCAGAACAUCAACAUCAACACACAGUAUUUGCAUUUCCUGAAGAAAAUGUUUGCUAUUGCUGCAUCUGCUGUUGCCACUGUUACAGCUGUUCACCGGCCCAGUUUCUGAAAGAGUCCCAGCACAAAGUGUUUGUGAUUCACAUCUAAAGAUAAAACCCAAAACCGGUGGUAAUUGAAUACUGUGUUCAAGAGAUAUGGUGAGGUUUCAAAUUUCCCCUGCCUGGCUUACGGGAUCACUGGCUAACAACUCAGCAAGAGUUUACCCAUUUCUCCAGGAACCACUACACCACUGAACAUAGUGGGCAUAAAUGGCUGCACACAGUUUAACUGUGUUCAUGACUAAGCAUGGGACUGCUUAAAUUUUUUAACUGUAAUGUAUUGAUCUGGUUUUAUUGUUGUGAUUUUGUUAUGGUUUAUGUUAGGCUACUGUGUUACUCAUGUUCUACACUGCUAUGGUGAUCUUAGUUAAAUGUUAUGUUCCACACAGAAAGUCUUUGUACGACUAACUCUUUUUAACUUGCCACUGUUCAUAUAAGAUCACCUCAGCCUUUAACACAACCACACACAAAUGUACAAAAAUCCCAAAUUUGUUUGCCUGUGAAGUACAACUGGCUACACCUUCUAAAGUAACAAUUACAGGCAACCAAUAACUGUAUUUUAUAUUAAUCAAAUAAAUAGUAUGCAGCA